AUGCCGUCGAAUUCACCCCCCGCAGUCGAGGGAGCUUUGCCAACACGGGCGACGGGAAGGACGGCAGGUGGAACACCAGCGCCAGCCAACGACACGGGCAGCCCUCCGCGACGAAGACCCCGCGUGGACUCCGACGUCUCACGGCCCGGCUCUGUCGCCCCGCACCAGCAACAAUCGAGCAGACCGAGCCCGAAGCGGUUCAAGUUCGGCACAGAAGACCCUCCCUCCCACUCGACCAUGUCGACCAAGAUGAAGGGGAAGCUGCCCGAGGUCAUUGAUCUCACGCAGUCCAACUCGUACCGCCCCUACACUGGCGCCAAGAAGUUGGUCAUCAAGAACCUGCGACCGGCGGCGCGGAACGAGCAGCUGGAACAGUACUACCAGCGAACCGAGCAGGAGCUUGUCGACGCUCUGCAGGACAUCUUCCACGGCAAAAAGCCGAGGUUGCCGUUGGAAAGGCUAUAUCGGGCUGUCGAGGAUAUCUGCCGGCGCGGCAAGGACAACGAGCUACAGCUCUAUGAGACGCUUCGACGGAAGUGCGAGGAGCACUUGACGCGCAAUGUCAUGCGAUCGAUCCAAUCCAAUGGCGGAAACACGGACGUCGACAUGCUUAAAAGUGUCCUCCAGCACUGGCGCGUCUGGAACAGUCAGAUCAUGAUGAUUCGGUCUACCUUCAGCUACCUGGAUCGUACCUUUCUCCUCAAGAACAAGAGUUAUCCUUCCAUCAACGACAUGACCAUUUCACAGUUCAAGAGGAUGGCAUUCCCAUCACGGGAUGACCCAGACGGCCAGUCGCCCGGCGGCAGGGCGUUGCGGGGCCUGUACGACCUGAUAUCCUACGACCGGCUUGGGGACGAGCGAUUCGAGGCCACAUUGCUGAAAGACUCCAUCAUGAUGCUCCACGUCUUCAACAUCUACACCAAGUACUUCGAGCCCCGGUUCAUUGGACUGUCAGAGCGCUACUUUGAAGACUUCGCAGAGGAGCGGAGCGCGUCAUCCCUCAAGGAUUACAUCCUGGCGUGUGAAAGACUCCUGAAGAGAGAGGACUACCGCUGUAACGAAUACAACCUCGACUCUACAACAAAAAAGCAGCUGCUCGAUGCAGCACACGGGAUAUUGGUCAAGAAUUAUGCCGACAAGCUCCUGAACGUUGACAGUCUCUCCAAGCUCCUGUCCGAUCAUGAGGUCGAGUCGAUGAAAGCGCUUUACGACUUGUUGCGCCUCUCUGGCAUCCAGAAGAAACUCAAGGAGCCCUGGGGCGCAUACAUCCGUAAAACGGGCGCAAUCAUUGUCGCCGACAAGGAACAAGGCGAUAACAUGGUGCAGAGACUUCUCGAGCUCAAGAGAUCGCUCGGCCUCAUCGUGCGUGAUGCGUACGGAGGCGAUCCAGACUUCGUAAACGACCUCAGAAACGCUUUCGGCGACUUCAUGAACGACCGCAGUAUCGCGGCGACAUGGAGCUCGGGGACAUCCAAGGUUGGAGAGAUGAUUGCAAAGUACGUCGACAUGCUGCUUCGGGGUGGCAUCAAGGCUCUGCCGAAAGCCAUGCUCUCUGACAACAAGGACCGAGCUGCGGCAGAGCAGAGUGGGCAGGCUAGCACUGGAGACGAAGAUGCCGAGCUCGACCGGCAACUCGACCAAGCUCUUGAGCUUUUCCGCUUCAUCCAAGGCAAGGACGCAUUUGAAGCGUUCUACAAGAAGGACCUGGCUCGUCGUCUGCUCAUGGGCAGGAGUGCCAGUCAGGACGCCGAGCGAAACAUGCUCCGAAAGCUCAGGGAGGAGUGCGGCAUGAACUUUACCCACAACUUGGAGCAGAUGUUCAAGGACGUCGAAGUGGCCAAGGAGGAGAUGGAAGCGUACAAGCAGUGGUCGGAAGGCACCGGCGUUGACAAAGCCCCCGUCGACCUUUCGGUGAUGAUCCUGUCGGCUGCGGCUUGGCCAACGUACCCCGACGUCAAGGUCCACCUGCCGGACGAUGUCGCCAAGCAGAUCGAGCGCUUCGAUCAAUAUUACAAAAACAAGCACACUGGCCGACUCCUUAAUUGGAAGCAAGCUCUGGCGCACUGCACAGUCAAGGCGAAAUUCCCUAAAGGUACGAAGGAGCUUCUCGUCAGCGCGUACCAGGCCAUCGUCCUUGUCCUGUUCAAUGAGGUCGGUCUUGAGGGCUUCCUCGCCUACGAGCAGAUCGCCCGCUCGACCAACCUACAAGGUGAAGAGCUGGGCCGGACGCUGCAGUCGCUCGCUUGCGGCCAGGUCCGCGUGCUCACGAAGCACCCCAAGGGCAAGGAUGUCAACCCGACGGACACGUUCACGAUCAACAAAGCGUUUGCGCAUCCCAAGAUCCGGGUCAAGAUCAACCAGAUUCAGCUCAAGGAGACCAAGGAGGAGAACAAGGCGACACAUGAGCGCAUUGCGCAGGACAGGCGGUUCGAGACGCAGGCGGCCAUUGUGCGCAUUAUGAAGAGCAGGAAGGAGAUGAGCCACGGCGAGCUGGUGGCCGAAGUGAUCAACCUGACCAAGAACCGCGGGGCGGUUGACGCCGCGCAGAUAAAGAAGGAGAUUGAGAACUUGAUCGACAAGGAUUACCUCGAGCGCGAAGGCAACAUCUACACGUACCUGGCAUAG